AUGGGAAGGAAUUGUGCAGUUGCUGGAUGCAACAACUCGGCAAAAACGGGACAUACUCAACACGCUUUUCCAAAAGAUGACAGACAACGUAACUUGUGGGUUCGUUUUGUAAAACUUACCCGUGUGGAUUUUACUGUGCCAACUAAACACUCAGCCAUAUGUUCAGAACACUUCUCAGAAGAAUGCUAUGAGGUUGACAGGUUGAGAUUCAAGGAGUUAUUUGGUUUAUCUGCUCAUAACAGCAAGAGGCUUUUGCCAGGUUCAGUGCCAAGCAAUUAUCCAAAAAGGUCAUCAGAUGUUCUUAAUGAUGGAUUUCUUUGUGAACCCAAGAAGAAGCUCAAAACUUCUAAAGCAUUACAGAAAAGAGAGAAGGCCAGGACACAGGGGGCCAAGGGAUAUCAAAAUACUAGUAUAGAGUUUAGCUCUGAAUUCAAUAUAGGGGAUGCCAUAUCUGCUGCAGGAAAAUUGAAGUCUAUGUUAAGACUUUCAGAAUUACACCAAGGAGUUAAUGAAAAAAUGAAGGAUACAUUAAAAGAAGAACAAUUACUUCACCCUGCCACCAGUGUUCUUAUGAGCUAUGUCCUCGUUUGGGUAUUUCUAUGGAAGUGA